AGCCGCGCACCAGGGAGCCUUGUGGCGGCGGGGGGGCGGUCCUCUGUACAGGUGGCUGUCAUCCCGCUGGGGGAUCUCCUGCCGCUUCCUCCUCCCUCUGUCAGACCUCGGCUGGCAGUGCUGCUGGGCUGCCGUCAUUGCACCCACUUCCUCCUCCUCCUCCCGGCUGCGCGGCCGCGUGUCCCACUGCUCUUUAGUAGGUGUUGUAGGAACCACUUCCCCGUUGCACCCAACCAUCUGCCGCUCGUGGCUGAGUUUCCUAUUGUACUGGCGCGUAUGUUUCAGAGCAGGGGACUCUUAGGCUGAAAAACCGUUCUGGAAGGGGAGGGAAAUUAAUCUGGAAUCGUUUUCACACAUCAGACCGCAUAACGGCAAAAACUAUUAAGGGGGGGAAGGGAAUGCAAAACCUGAAAAUGCUGAAAAAACUACUGCCUGUGCGUGUGAGUGCUACACACUGACGGGGCUGUUUUUCCACAGCAGUUCUUGUGUAAGGUGUCCGAGGCAUUUGUGUCCCAAUACAGCUGCUCGAGUGCUGUGAGUGGAGCCAGCUGGAGAAUUUGGGAUUGGUUUGAAAUGAGCUUUGUCCGCACAGAUUUUGCGCUGCCUCGCUUUUUUAUGAUGUCAUCUUGGGUUUAGUGUCACACUGAAAUAUUUUGCAUAGUUUGGGUGCCCCAGUUUUGAAAAGCAUGUUAGAAAAUUGAGAAUCUACAGAUCCAGAGGUCUACAUUGUUCCCCACAGGAGUUUAAAUUCUGCUUUUCCAUAAAAAAUCAGAAGUUGAUGUAAUCAAGUUUUCAAUUGCCUUUCAGCACAGUACAGUAUCCUAAGGGGUUAUUUAAUAUAGAAAAGGCAGGAACAAGGGGAUCUAAACAAAGCAUUUUUCAAAAGUGAUAUUGAUUAACAAGUAACUUGGGAUAUUGUGGAUUUUGUACUCCCAGAAGUCAUCUGAACAAAUCUCUUUGCUUUUUACAGAGGGUGUGCUUUAAAUCAGAACGAGUUAUUGAGUUGUCUUAAAGUAAAUGUGUAACUGGGCAGUUGUUUAUUUCUUGAAAAGGUCAUGGUAAAAUUUGCCACACCUGAACAAAUAGAGUAACAGAAACUGUCAAGAGAGGGAGGUUAUUUUGAAAACUUGGAAAGAUGUUUGUGUUCUGCACUGUGAAAACUGAGUCCACAGAUUGUUUGAAGGAAAAUACUUGCAGACAACAAGUAAGGGAGAACAUCAAUAGCCACAGCUGGCUCUGUGAAUCAAGUAUGAACUGGUAAAAGGCAUUUUGCUGCUACACUUCAACCUGUUUACUGUAUGUGAUAAGCCUGAAUUUCUUCCUGGAAUUAGCCAAAGAUCCAGUGCAUUGAAGAAGAUAGCUUUGCAAUUGAAGAGUCAAAGGCAAAAUUGAAAAUAGAAAAGCAUCAUAAUGAAGAUCUCAACACUGGAAGACUAAGCUCUACUUUCAGAUCCUGCAGGCUGGAGGAAUCCAUAGAUUCUUUAAGCAAGUAUGAAUUCCUGCUCCUGCCCAAGCUGCUGACGGUGUGACAUGAUGUAUAUAUGACCCACCUAGGCCUUAUUGACACAGAAGGUUAAACUGCAAGCUUUCUUCUAAGUGUGGAUACUAACAACAACCUGCAUAGAUGCCCUGUUGAAAGUCAGUGAUCUGCUUCUCAGAUUUGUCUCGUCCUUCAAAAUGAAUCUAAAACAGGAAGUAUUCAUGAAUUGACAUGGGUCAACAUACUUCUCACUACCAGGCAAAAAGGUAUUUCUAGAAGACUGCUGCUGGAUUAUUUUCAUUCUCUAUCAUGAAAGAAAAAAUGAAAUCAUUCCCAAGUAAAGUGGCCACUGAUUGUCAUGGAGAGGAGAAGCCACAACACUUAACUCCUGAUCUGGAGUCUAAGAGGAUUUCUGAGUUCAGUGAAGGGUGCCUGAGAACAGAGUCUGGAACAUUAUUCAUCUUAUCUUCUUCUCCUUUCCUGCUGGGAGUGCUGAAAGUGUCUGGGUGGGCAUUUGGCAGCUGACUCACAAACAGCAAGAGGGAUGGCUGACACCACAUGAUAAUCGAGAGAUCUGACGUUCAUGAAUGAGAGGAACAAAUUUUUCUUUGCACACAUGAAUCCUUUUGCUUAUGCUUUUCUUGUCUGUGAAGGAAUACUGUAGGAAUAAAAGUCAUGAGAUUAUGGCUAAACAUACGGACCACCAGUGAAGAAAACUGAAUCUUCAGGAGCCAUGAAACAGUGAGUCCUUGAUGUGAUAAUCCCUCCCGGAGUGAAGUGGAAAUCAUGAAACAGAAAUUGAUAUUGUCUGUUCAAAUUAUGUUGUUACUUCCUCUGACCACAGUGGCUCUGACAGGUCAAGCAUACCCUGGAAAACCUAAGAUAAUAAGAUGUCGUUCUCUAGAAAAGGAAACCUUUUCUUGUUGGUGGAAGCCUGGUUCAGAUGGAGGACUUCCUACCAAUUACACCCUGUUCUACAGCAAGGACAGUGAAGAAAAAAUCUAUGAAUGUCCAGACUACAGAACAUCAGGUCCCAAUUCCUGCUACUUCAAUAAAAACCACACUAAUCCGUGGACAACAUAUAAUAUCACUGUAACAGCAACGAAUGAGAUUGGAAGUAACAGCUCGGAUCCUCAGUAUGUGGAUGUGACCUCCAUAGUUCAGCCAGGUUCUCCUGUGAAUCUCACUCUAGAAACAAAAAGAUCUGCUAAUAUAAUGUACCUUUGGGCAAAAUGGUCUCCACCUCUCCUAACUGAUGCCAGCUCUAAUUAUUUAUAUCACUAUGAGCUACGACUAAAACCUGAGGAAAAGGAAGAGUGGGAGACAAUAUCUGUUGGAGUACAGACACAGUGCAAAAUAAAUAGGUUAAAUGUUGGCAUGAGGUAUGUUGUUCAGGUCCGUUGCACAUUAGACCCUGGAGAAUGGAGUGAAUGGAGCUCUGAGAGACACAUUCUGAUCCCCAGAGGACAGUCACCUCCUGAAAAGCCUACAAUAAUAAAAUGCCGUUCUCCAGAAAAGGAAACAUUUACCUGUUGGUGGAAACCCGGUUUAGAUGGUGGGCAUCCUACUAACUACACUUUACUUUACAGCAAAGAAGGAGAAGAACAAGUUUAUGAAUGUCCAGAUUACAGAACUGCAGGCCCCAAUUCCUGCUACUUUGAUAAAAAACACACUUCUUUCUGGACCAUAUACAAUAUUACUGUCAGGGCAACCAAUGAAAUAGGAAGUAACAGCUCUGAUCCUCUUUAUGUGGAUGUGACUUACAUAGUACAGCCAGAUCCUCCUGUGAAUAUAACUCUAGAAUUAAAAAAUCCAAUAAAUAGAAAACCAUAUCUGGUAUUGACAUGGUCUCCACCUCCACUGGCUGAUGUCAGAUCUGGAUGGCUUACCCUCGAGUAUGAAUUGCGGCUAAAGCCUGAAGAAGGAGAGGAGUGGGAGACUAUUUUUGUUGGACAGCAAACACAAUAUAAAAUGUUUAGUUUAAAUCCAGGAAAGAAGUACAUUGUACAGAUUCACUGCAAACCAGACCACCAUGGAUCAUGGAGUGAAUGGAGCUCAGAAAACUUUAUUCAGAUUCCUAAUGACUUCAGAUUAAAAGAUAUGAUUGUGUGGAUCAUCUUGGGUGUCUUGUCGUCUCUUAUAUGUUUAAUCAUGAGCUGGACAAUGGUUUUAAAAGGGUACAGAAUGAUAACUUUUAUCCUACCACCAGUUCCAGGACCAAAGAUAAAAGGUAUAGAUACACAUCUGUUAGAGACAGGGAAAUCUGAAGAACUAUUGAGUGCUCUUGGUUGCCACGGUUUCCCUCCAACAUCAGACUGUGAGGAACUACUGAUAGAGUAUCUGGAAGUAGAGGACAGUGAGGAUCAGCAACUUAUGCCAAGUCAUGACAAGGGUCAUCCCAGUAAAAAUGUAAAAACUACACCCAAGGAAACAGACAGUGACUCAGGACGAGGGAGCUGUGAUAGCCCUUCUCUGCUUUCUGAAGCCCAUCCAUCAACACUUCAAACAAAAGAUGGAAGAGAAGCUCAAGAAAAGAAAGCAGGGAAAAGAAGCUGGGAAGCUCAGUGUGUAGCCUCAGAACGAAAUACACUCCUUUUUAACAGUGAGGGUGCAAAAUCACCCACAUGGCCUGCAGAUCAGUUAGCUAAUAAUCAGCCUCCUGUGUUUGCAUAUCACAGCAUUGUAGAUGCACAUAAGAUAACACUGAGUACCACAAAUAUGAAUGUUGCAGCAAUUCUGGAGGAAAAUAAAGAAAAGCAUCAAUCACAAUAUUCUAUCACUGAAACGGUACCUGAAGACAUGGAAAAGCAAAGAGAGGUGGAGAAUUUGCAUUGCAAAACCGAGCAAACCACAGUGCAGGUCAAGCAAAACAGAUCUAAUGAAAAGUCACCAUUUUUGGAUGCUGCACUCAUGGAUUACGUAGAAGUUCACAGAGUCAGACAGGACGAGGAGCCAGCAGUAUUACUGCAACAUAAAGAAAAUAGUGGAAAGACUGAAAAAUACACUAUUUCAGGAACCAGCAAAGAAUACACAAAGGUCUCAACAGUUAUGGACCAUAAUAUUCUAGUAUUAAUGCCAGAUUCACGAGUUCUGCACACACCUGUGUCUCAAGAACCUGCAAAAGAAACAUCUCAGAACGCUCAACAAGGUCAAGUUGAAAAAAACAUGAGCUACUGUCUGACAGCUCCAAGUGACUGCAAAAGAGAAAGUAGUGGAUCAGAGUACAUGGACCCAUCCUCAUUUAUGCCCUCCUUUAAAUAACAAAAAGUUGGAUCACUCUUCGUCAGGUAAUGCUACAGAAUGAAUCAAAUACAAUCAGUAUAAUGAUGCUAUCGUUUAAGAUUAUGCUACCACAUCACAAUUGUAGCUUGUACCUGUUCCUAGCUGACAAGUCUGUGAUUUACAUAUGAUUUUGUUAAUAGUUAUAUACAGUAAAACAAAACCACAUAGUACAUAGUUCCUUAAAAAAAUACCCUUCUAUGUGUAUUGUGUAAAGAAUAGAAUAAACUGUGGGUUGAUGUCAUAAUUAUAGAAGUAAAACCUGGAUCACUGACACACGUUUCUUACAGAAGGAAAUGUGGAAAUGGUAUUAUAUGCCGUGAAAAAUAUAUUGUGAAUUAAUUAUUCAGUUCUGCAGUCCUUCUGUUAUAUGAUUAAACCUAAGGGAAUAUUCCAGUUUCAACAAAGACUGAGAUUGUUAUGGCUUGGUACACCAUAAUUGUCUGAGCAGUUUCUCAAUCUGAUAAAUCAUUACACAGUAACACUCUGAUCUACAAUGUAUUUUUUUUUCUGAAUGUAUUGUAACAUUAGAUUAAGUUUUCUUUAUAUUCUUUCUCAAUUCUUAAGAAAAGUGAAGCUCUUAUGUAUGAAAAAAUCACAUAUGAAAGAGAAUAUAUUUAACUAACUGCAGUAAAAUAACUAAUUCCUCACAAUAUGACAGAAAACUUUGCAUCCUAUUCCAAUCAAACCAACCAUGAAAAAAAUAGCAGGACACUAUUUGAUACACUGCCUUACUGUAUAUAUUAUAAAAUUCUAGUUUAGUACAAUCCCAUACAUUUAACAAUGUAUUUUUAAAGGCUAUUUUUCUAUUAUGAAGAAAAAAAGUGAAAUAUAAUAUUUUUUAAUUUCCCAAUGUUACUUUGCUAAUUAGCAACUUUUCUGUUUCCUUCUGCUGAAACAGAGUUAACAAGUAAAGCUGCCGUUUCUAUACAAAGCAUAAAAUUAAACUUUAUACUAAUUAAGAAUAUGAAGUAAUUUUUAAAGUAUAUUUCUAAUAUAUUGCUGAUGUAUUACUAUUUGAAUUGUAAAUUAUUUAUUUCAGAUGUUUUUUUUACCAACUGUUAUUAUAAAAUUAAAAUAGAAUCUAGAUUUUGAGAGUAAAGCUUCUUUCCCAGCUAGUUUGUACUCUGUCAGUCAUGAUCACCUGCAUCCUUAGCCAUUGUGUACAUUUUUAUCUGAGCUGGGAAGGAAAGUUUGAAGAUAGACUCGUCAUAAUGAACUUACCAAAAUGAAUUCUGGAAUUCAUCCUCCACAAUCAGGAUAUAAGGCAUAACCUCAUAGUCAGUGCUCUGCUGAAAUAGUGAUGGGAAUGAGAAAAGAGUCCAUGUAGUUGGGCUAGACAGCUGCCCAAGGAACAGCAAUGGAAACACUGCAGAUUCUUCUUACCAUGUGUAACUGAAGGCAGAAUCAAAAUGAUAAUGGAAUCACUAUGAACUUAUUAUGGCCCUUCUUGAAACAAAAGUUUAAUUUACUUCAGGAAAGCAUGAACAAGUAAUGGCUGAUUAAAACUGGGUCAAGUAUUUAGCAAAUAGCACUAGCUUCAGGAGGAAUUGGAAGCAUAAGUUAAGCAAAAUUGUACUGUACAUGUUAUGGAAAGUAUAUUUACCAUAGAUGAGCUCUCUUCUUUCUUGUCCUUCCUGUACAGCUUCAUAUUUUCUCUAGCUUUUUAUGAUUUUUUGCACUGAGCCAGCCUUCCUGAAGUAUCAGGUAACCUUCUGCAAAGCCAGACAAAACAGAUUCUCUGAUUUUGAAGGUUACAGAAGGCUGCAUCUACUUUGGCAAAUCAGAUUCUCAUAUUAUACUUCCAUGCCAUGGAACUGCUCAAAUACAGAUCUGUUAAGCUGUCUAGUCCUUUCACUGGCAGGACUUCAGAUUUUAACUAGUUAUCUGUGUGUAUAUAAACACGUGUUGGGGAUACUGCAACAUUUACGUUAGGCAUCAAAUGCAGAGUCUGUGGACUCUGCUUGCAAUGUACUGCCUGCUUCUAGAGCUGAUCAGGGCAGUUUGGAUGUUCUGGAUCUUAAAUUCUCAAUUCAGCCACUCAGUUUAGCACUUGAAGACACGAAGUGGCUACUUCAGAGAGCAGCCAAGCAUAAAAUUUUGUAUAGUUAUAGGUAACAGGACAAUUUUACUGUAGCAUUUGUAGAAUAUCUUAUAGAUUUUCUAGAAAUAUUAAGUACUGCAAAGAAAUUAUCAAGCUGUCAGUCAAAACUGGAAUGUUUUGCAGGACAGUAAUAUGUGUGUGUCCUUGUGUUUAAACUGAUAGUGUACUAUCUCCUUCUGACAGUGCUCCAUUUUUCUGAUUGAAUCUCAAAUUGCUGAUCCAUAUAAGACAUGUUCUCUUACACAGAUAGCCAUGCCUGGGCCAAGUAGUUAUGUUCUACUCCUAACAGCAUGUAUAAGGAUGUGGUGCUGCAGGCCUUUUAUUAUCCCUCUGGUGAUGCAUAGAAGCUAUAGAAUCUUACCAAACUACAGCCUAAAGAUGUUCCUUUUGUAGUGCAUUUUUUGGGUCAUAUACGGGUUGCUACAGAGCAUAUGAUAAGGUGUCAGCAGCAGGCUGUUGCUAUUCUGCUGGUUACUUUGGAUCAGAGGCAGGCAGAUACAACUUUUAGCAGAUUUUAAGUCUAUUAUUUGUCCUGCCUAACUGAAAGUAUCUGUAUGUGUGCCUAGUUUUUAUUACAGGCCUAGAGUCUCGACCAUGAUUUGCCUGUAAAAUACCCAUUUCUGCUUCAGGAAGAGAUACUCUAAACUCCAUUGACUGUUAGUACGUUUGUCUAUUCUAGAUUGAUCUAAUCAGAGUGUAUGGCUCUCUAGUCUAAAAAUCAAAAUUUAAAUCUUUUUUUCAAAAAUAUUUUCUGAAUUGACAUUGCUUAAAUUGAAAAAUGUAGGCUGUGUUAAUACUGUGGGGUAUGUCCAAUUCUGUUGCAGCUGUUGGGUCCCAGGAACAUCAUUAACUUUAACACCUUGAGUUCAUAAAACCCAAAAGAUCAGCUUUCCUUCUAAGUUGCCAGAAGAAAACAAACAAACAAACAAACGUUCUAUUCCAUUAAAAAAAAAACAGGAUUGCAAGGUAUUAAAAAGAAGGCCCCUCCAAUAGUUCACAGAUUCUCCAUCAGAAAGAAAACUGAGUCAAAGCUUUUCUAUGCUUAGCCCUAUAUUAGUUCUGAAACUGCAAGAUAGCUCUAGCUUAAGUUACUUUGUGGGGCAUAAAUUCUUUCCCAGCUUUGCCAGUGAGAGUCUCAUGAUGCCAAAACAUCAUGUCUUUCUGUGAAGUCAGGAAUUCUACCAGAGUGAUAACGACACAUUUUUGGUUGCUUGGAAGUAGCCAAGCUUUUUGAAGAAUCUGCUAGCUAAAUAUGACUUGAACACAUUUUUCAUUAACAUACAUCAUCCUUUAAGCUGAACAAAUGUGUGGUUGGAUUAUUUUUCCUUUGGAUGCACUUUCAUUGUCCAAAACAACCUGUUACUUCCCAGGUGGGAGUAACACCUUCUAAAAGUGGCCUUGAACAUCUCUACAGAACUUUUGCACAUCAAGAGAGAAUAAAAUUCUGUAAAAUCCGAAUAAUCUUCAGCUAAGUUUGAGGGCCUUUGGGUGUUGAAAUAUUUCAUUCUGUCUUUUUUGCAACAUUAUUUUUUAUUACAACUCUUCAAGGAAUAGCUUUUUAUUAUGAAAUAGAGGAGAUUUUAUAGCAGUUGUACACAGUGGAUUCUUGCAAAGUUAUGAUACACCCUUAUGUAAUAACAGAUUCCUGACACCUCCUUCGAUAUACAGGGGUUAAGCAUGUAACAGAAUUUACCCCAGGAACUGGGAUUAGCCCCCUACGUCUUGCACCGAAUUUCUGACUUUGAGUGAAGUUUGAAUACUUUUUUUUUGUGUUAAAUGUGACACUUUUAAAUUUCAGUUGCAUAAAAGGCAUAAAAGGCUCUUCAGAAGUAAUUAAUUGUAUAAAUUCAUAAAUUUUAAUAUAUAUUUUAACUAAUUAACUUUCCUUUGGCCUCAGAAUAAUUUUAUUAACAGUUUUCUUCAGUAUUGAGAAAUAUAACUCAUUCUAAUUUUUUGAAUUAGACUUUUUCUUUUAGGAAAGACAUCUUUGAUGUACAAUUCUAGGAUUUCAAUAUGAUGUUCCUGACUCAAAGAAAUUUGAUUUACUGAAGUGGACAUGUGCUGCCAAAACUUACUUUCACAUAAAAUGAAGGUUUGAAGAAUGCUCUUGAUGAUACUCUGUAACUACAAAGGAUUAUUUAGUUAAAAUGUAGUCAACUGACCUUAAGUUAUACUAAUAAGGGGAUAUAUGUGUUUAUGGAACAAACUGAAACACAAAAAUAUAGUGCUAAUUAGUUUAUGUUAAAGCAGUGAGUUCUGUGAUGUAUCUGUUUAUGUGUAUAUGUUUAGAUGGCUGGAAAAUCUGUAGUUGCUUUAAAUGUCAUAUGAAUAUUUAAAGUGUAGUAACAGCAGAUGUUAAAAGUGAAUAAGAACCAUUUUAUUUGUUAUCUCUGAAGCACUGUUUAUGUGGAGUUCACAUCAUUAACCUGUAAAUGUGUUUGCCAAUUUCUCAUCAACUGUAAAGAAUUUGAAAGUGUUGGGCAAGAAUACCAAAGUCAUCUAAACCAGUUUAUGAAUAGUAGACAUCUUCUACAAAGCCAUAAAGACAAAUGAAAUGAAAGUUUAAUGAGAUCAGGCACCAUAUUCUUAAAGAAUCACUACCUCAGAUGUUUUGUGGGUUUUUUCCACUCCCUUUAAAAAGGCAGACAAGCAUUUUCCUCUGUGUGUCAAACUGCAAAUUAUUUCAAAAAAUUGUGUUUGUAAUGUCUAAAUUGUUUUUAACAAACAGCUUGUCAUGAAAUUGUUAGUUUUGUCGCUGUAGUAGUACUAGGAUAGGAUGUUAGAGAUGCGUAGCUAAAUAAUAAGUUUUUAUGUGGGAAAAAAAAACAAUGAAGAAGUCUCCACCUUGUAGGAAAAGCCAUACUGACCAGCUUGGCAGCCACAAUUUUCUUAAAGCAUCAGUCCCCUCCCUGUUUUUGGUUACUGCCUGUGUGCUCAACUCACUAGGACUGAGCAAGCUGAGUUCUUAGAGAUGCUCUGAUUCUGGAUCCCACCUAUGGAACUAAGCAUUUAUUAGCACUUACUAUUUAGGAAGACCUGUUUUCAGUUGAGUUUCUGAGAAGUAAAUCUUCAAACUGUUCAUGAAUGAGCGAAAAUGGAGAAUAGCCCUGCUUUCAACUGUCACAAAACACAUACUAAAAACCAAGUCACUGACUUCCUUCAGACUCCAGUGAUAGUGGUGUGGAAGGACUGACUGAAUUACACAGAGCUGGAAAAAUCUUGUGGCUCAGCCUUGAAAAUCCUUUUGAAACAAAUAAGGGACAUUCUUCAUCUUCCCUGUGUAUGUCAAGCAGGAGAUUAAGGGUAAAUGGAAUACAGAAACACACUGUGUAUGAGGAAAGAAAGAGAGCUUUAUGAUGGGAGGAGGGACGCGGUUGCUGCAUGUGUCAGAACAGAAGUGUACAGUCACAGUGUACGCUGUAGGAUGGUGACUGCGGUUGAGAAGACAGCUAACCAGUUGGUAAGAUGAAAUUGGCUGCUACAGAUCAUCUAUUACAUAAAAGGUGAAAAAGACUUAUACAUGAAAGUUGGUCACCGUUUAUAUUUAUUACAGGAUUUUCUCCUAAUAAUCUGGUAUUGGCCCCUGGCAAACCAUGUUUGAAGGGACAGGCCCCUCAUCUAAUCUGGUGUUCCAUUUCCUACAUUCCUAAGGAAAAAUUCAAAAAAAUAAAGUGUACCACACUGUCUUUAAAAGAAAAUUCAAAUUUUUUUUUUUUACAGAUGAAUUUUAUUUAUCAGUUUACAGUGUCUCACAGAUACAUUUAACAUUCUUAAGCAUUCUUCUACUGAUUAAAUGACCUAUAAGCCCCAUGAGAUAAAGGAUUUUGUGGAUACUAGUAAAUGGUCUCUAGACAUUUCUGGGCAUCGUUUAGUUUGUACCUGUGACAAUAUUAACAUAUAUGACAAUAUAUGAUAAUCAUUAACAUUUUCCUUUAUCACAAAGUCCAUGUCUUCAUGAUAAAUUCUGAGCUUUACCAAGACAGAUUUAAAAUACAUUUCUACCAUUUAAUAUAAGUUUUUAAGAGAGAUGAUGUAUGUCAAAAGUAAUUCAAAAAAUGUCUGCAUUUUUUGUGUGGCCUCUUGCUGUGCUGAUAGGCUAAAAACUGGGUGUGUGCUCAACAUUGGUGCACAGAGAAGUUAGAAAUAAGGAAGAUUUUUUCACAUCUUUUAUUUUCAGAAGAGCUGUUACACUGUUCAACUCUGUGGUGCUGCUUGUUUUAGUCUAUGUCUUUAUCUGAUAAUUUUUUCUUUGGAGAAUGCUGCUUCUAUUUUAGUGAGCUGCUGAGUACCUUCACAUCAUUCUGACACAAGUAAAAAUGGACAGAUUUCACUUCAUUUCCUACGAGGAUUGUAAUGGUUGGAUUUAAAGACAUAGCACUGAGUAGAAUGUUUAGAGGAUGCUGGAAAUCUUUGUAGAUGUCGCUAGUAGAAAGUAUCCUUUGAGUAGGACAGAAAAUUAUAUAUGUUUAGGAAUACAGAUUUUUCUGCAGAAUACAAGUGAAAGUAUUAUGAUGUCAAACAGUCUGCUUUAAUAUUCAUAAUGCUGUAGAAUACUCUGAAUUCUCAUCCCUGAGUCCAUCAUUCCAAAAGGAAGAGGGCACUAUUACUCAGAUAUACUGAGAAAGGAUCUCCUGGGCUGCUACGCUGUUGUUCAUUUUUCAUCUUGUAAAGCAAUUUUUAAUUCUGACCACAAAUACACUCUUCAUCUGGAAUGACACAGUCAUCAGUUUUGUAAAUGCAUUAUAUUUCUCAGAGAUACUCAGCACCAUCUGAAUUUCUGAAAUCUUUAUAUUGUGCUUCAUAUAAUUUUUUUUGAGUCAGUGUGUAAAAGAGCAAUAUCAGGGUUCCUACUCUGAAUAGGUACUGCCCAGAAAAAACAUACCAAGAGUCACUAAUUAAUUGCAUAUGUUCAAAUUUCUGGCAUGCUGUUAAAUGCAGGGGAAAGUCUCUGGAACUUCCUGGUCUUUGAUAGUGGCAGCAGGCCUCUUAAAGAAACUUACGUGUAAAACAAAUUGCUUGUUCUGUAUAACAUGCACAAUAAACAACAUGUUUCCCAACCAAGAGCAAGCCUGUCCAAUAUUUAAAGUUUUGUUUGUCUUUAUUUUUUUAUGUUACUGUAAAGGAAUUCAUUCUUAUGCUUGCAAUGAAAGCUAGGCAUUUUUUCAAUUACAUUUUCAGAAUUUGCGUGCAGUCUGCAACAUUCAAGUUAUUGUAGCGUCAUUACUUCAGCAGCACAAUGACUUGAAGCACAGUUAUUCUAUGAACCGGACCGAAAUGUUUUGUAAAUUUCAAAAAUUUAAGAAAUUAGAGAAAGUAGAUUUCAUAUUCAGUAUGUACAUUGGUUGGAACGUACUGGUAUAAAAAUAGUUGCUCAGGAAUUCUUCAUUGUUUUUAAGUGUAUUAGAAGGAAAAUGCUUUAAAAUGAUGUAUUUUUUAAGCUUCUUAAUAUUGAAAAUGCUGGCUUUAAUAAAAUCUGUUAGCGGUUUCACUUGUAAGAUCAAUAUUGUUACUGAAGUCUGUAGCUUUCUGGUGACUUUUCUAUAUUUUGUCAUUGUAAAAUCUCUUUGCAAUGGUGUUCGCAUUUCAAUUUAAUAAAAGCUCUUGAAUAGAA